AGUUCAUGUCAUGGGUGGUAACGAGCUGCUGCGGCCGCUAGACAAUUUCUCUUUAUCAGGUCUUAUUAAAAAAAAUAACAAGGUAAAUGCUUUCUUUUGCAAAAUGUAUUUGUUUAUCAUAAAGUAGUGUAUACUAGUAAGUACAGCGGUACCAUUAAAUUAUAAUAGAAGAUAAGUUUGCAUUCGACAACCAUUGCGCAAUAGUAUACUUUACAAGGUAUAUUUUUUCCGAGAACAUGGAAUAUUUAUAGAGGUUGCAGUGUUUCAUUUGUAACGUUUACAAUAGCUAAACUAAAGAAAUAUAUUGAAUAGUGAUUAUUUAAUUUUUAACAUUUAUCAAAUUAUUCAUAUGCUCCGUUUACGAAACAAAGUAAAUAGUACAUGUAUAUUUACAGAGAAAUGUAAUUACCAACUUCUUGCAUUUUGAAGAUACCAGUUUAUCUUUUUAAUAGUUAAACAAAUAUAUUAUAACUAUUCAGAUGGCAUCAUUUGUCUUUGAAUUCUUUUUAAGAUGAUAUUGGUUCAAACAAGUCCAAUAGCGCCAAAUCGUUAUUAUGAAAACGAUUCGGUUUUUUCAUUAAAUCAAAUAGAUGAAUAUAAUGAUUAUGAUUUACACUUGAUUUGUCGAAAUGGUAGUGUUGAAAAAUUAAAAGAAGCCUUAAAGAGGAAGUAUGUUUGGAAGAGAGUUAAUCGUAAAGAUUCUAAAGGUUUAGCUCCUUUGCAUUACGCUGCUAAACAACUUCAUUUUAAUAUAGUUGAAUUAUUAUUAGAAGUUGAAGGGAUUGAUAUUUUUGUGAAGGAUAGUGAAGGUGCAACUCCACUACACUACGCCGUUAAACGAAAAGAUGUUGUUGCUAAUAAUUACAACUAUGCGCUCAAUCAAACUCUGAAUGCUUUGAUAACUGAACUAAAGAAAACUACUCGUGUUGGUACAGUUGAGGACAAUUAUAUGUCAACGCCACUUCACCUGGCCGCCAUAAGAAAUAAUGUUGAUGCUAUAAACAUCCUUUGCGAAUAUAAGGAUAUAUUGGAUAUUAAUGCAAAAGAUAAAUGCGGAGCUACCGCUUUACACGAGGCAAGCACAUAUAAUAAUAUUGAAGCGUGUAAAGCCCUAAUUAACAAUGGAGCUGACAUACUGAUACCCGAUGAAGAGGGCUCCACUCCCCUGCAUUUAGCAUGCAUGGAAGGUGAUGUAGAGUUAGUUGAAGUACUAUUGGCUGAAGCAAAAAACAAGAAUGAAUUAGCUCAGUACCUAAAUAAGCAAGAUAAGGAAGAUCAUAAUACAGCGCUUCAUCUAUCCAUUGAAAAUCGACAUCCAGCGGUAACUCGCCUUUUAAUAGAUAAUGAAGCCGAUAUUACAAUUAGACGUAUAUCUGGAAAUACGGCACUUCAUAUUGCAGCUAGCAGCAACGAUGUAGAAUCUGCAAAAUUACUGUUGGAAAAGAAAUUAAAUAUAAAUGAACUAAAUAACUAUCAAAGUAGUCCAGCUCAUUUAGCAGCUGAACAUAAUUCCGUAGAUGUUAUGAAACUCUUUAUUGAAAAGUAUACAAACUUUCAUUUAUUCUAUCAUCUCUUCUCAGCUCAAUUUAAUAUCUUUCCUUCUUUUUCCCCCCAUCCCCUCUCCCUAUUCUCCAGUGGAGCUAAUCUUGCCUUGAAUGAUAUUGAACACAAGACUCCGUUUCUUCGCGCCGUUUCGUAUAAAAGUUAUGAAUGCGUUGAAAUUUUAUUACAACAUUCAGAAGAUUGCGUUCUGGAUAGAGACGACUCUGACUAUACAUGUAUAAUGUUAGCCUCGGAAGAGAAUGAUGCAAAGACGUUGGAAUUGCUUCUAGGAAAACUUUCUAAAAAAGAGAAAAUAGAAAGUCAAAUAGUAAACUCUGUUAAUAGAGAAGGUUUUUCGGCAUUACAUAUAGGAGCUGCGUACGGACUAACAUCUAUUGUUGAACUUUUAGCAGCCAAUUCUAAAAUCUCCAUCGAAAAUAAGGAUGAUGACGAAAAUACAGCAUUUCAUUUAGCCGCUGCAAACGGACAUAUUGAAGUUUGCCGAACCCUUUAUACGAAAGAUAGGAAAUCGGUACAUUACGAGAAUGAAGAGAGUGAAACUCCUUUGCACUUAGCUGCCAAAUCAGGGCAAAGCAUUGUUGUUGAAAAUCUUGUUGAAUGGGGUGCAGAUAAGAAUGCAAGAACCGCAAAAUUAUGGACGCCUCUCGACUUUGCAGCGUCAAAUGGACACUUACAAACUGUAAGAGAGUUAAUCGACAACGAAGUGAUUUUAAAUCCUGAAGGAAAGGAGAAAGAAACGCCGUUACAUCACGCUUGUAAGAAUGGACAUGCUGACGUAGUUAAAGUUCUUAUAGAAGAAGGAGCUAAUGUAACAGCAUUGGAUGAGGAGGGUAGUAAUUGUUUGGACUUGGCCAUAGAUAAUAAUCACAAGGAUGUUGCAUUGGUUCUUGUUGAAUCUAAAAAAUGGCGGGAAGUUCUGUUCAACUACAUAAAUUUACGCAACAUCUAUAGCAAAGAAAUUAAACAACAGAAAGAGAACGAGGAAAAAGACAAAGUAUCUCUAGAAAGUUCAACUUCAAAGAUUAAGGCUUGUGCUCCGAAAAAACCUAAAAGAUAUAAGCCAAAGGGUACAACUCCAAUGAGAAAAUUAAUAAGGCAUAUGCCAGAUAUUGCAAAAAUCAUUUUGGAUAAAUGCCUAACAACCGAACAACCAAAUGAAACUUCAGAAUAUACCUAUGAGAUUGCGUUUGAUUUUGAAUGUAUAGAUGACACUUACUUUUGGUAUCAAAAUGAUUCAAAGGAGAGAAUUCCUUAUACUAACCAAUCAACGCUUAUUAAGGAAAAUCAUCCUCUAAGGCAUAUGGUUGAAACAGCUCAAGAGUCACUUUUAAAGCAUGCUUUGACUAUAGCUCUUAUUAGAAAAAAGUGGCAAAUCGCUCUUAUCUUCUAUGUCUUCUUUCUGAUUUUCUACUCUCUUUUCCUUGGAACUUUCACGGCAUAUAUGCUUAUCGCAACGCCAUCAUAUAAAGUUAAUAGCACGAACUGUAAGAAAUCCGAUAUUGGUUUCUUUUCAAAUCAGCAAACUCCUUACGAAAAGUUCGCAACCUAUUUAACGUAUAUAUUGGGUGGAAUUGGAAUGAUAAUAGAAUUAAUACAGGCAGUAUCGAUAAAGACAAAAUAUCUCCAAUGGGGUAAUCUAUUAGAUUGGUUCACCUAUAUUGGAGCUAUGAUAGUCGUUAUAAAUUUUAGAGAGUGCGGAGCAAGAGAGAAAUGGCAAUGGGAAUUGGGAGCAAUGGUUCUUUAUUUCGCAUGGAUUGAUUUUAUUUUAUAUCUAAGACGAUUUCCAAGGAUUGGCAUUUAUAUUGUUAUGGUAACUGAUAUUUUGAAUACGUUUUGGAAGUUCUCCUUCGUUCUUCUCCUAUUUCUAAUUGCUUCAGGAUUCAGUUUAUACGUUAUCCUCCAAAAUCAGUAUCCGUUUGUUACUCCUUCCGUAUCCUUAGUUAAAGCCGCUGUGAUGAUGAUUGGUGAAUUUGACUACGGAAAUAUAUUUGAUGCAUGGAGAGAGGAUCCAUCGGCAGCUAAUCAACUACAUUAUACAUUUUCUUCUUAUUUUCUGUUUAUCCUUUUUAUGAUUGUUAUGUCAAUUAUAGUCAUGAAUCUUUUGACGGCUCUUGCCAUAGACGAUGUAAAUGAAAUGAAACGGGAAGCGGAAAGUAAAAAACUUGGUCUUCAAAUUGAUUUGGCCUUGGAUGUGGAAGUUGCUAUACCUUCAAUGAUUUCACCAUUAAUUAGAAGAAUGUCACAGCGAACUGAUAUAAUGCGAAUAAAACCUGAGAAUCCAGUAUCGGCUUUAAUAAAAAAUAUAUGGAGAGAGAUAACUGGAACUACAAAUUUCUCGCAAAUAAUCGAAUCAUACAUUACUAACACAGACUCAUCCGGUGAAGAGUCAUUAACCACCAUGGAGGAGAAUCUUGGUAAGAAGAUUGAAACUAAUCAACAAGAGAUUAGAUCCGUAAAUGAAAAAUUAGAUAGAAUGGAAAGUCUCCUACUAUCUCUUCUUCAUCAUAAGAAAAUACCUAUACCGGAAAUGUUUAAGAAGUCAUCCAGGUUGAAAUCUCAAUACUCAGUGUUACAGGAAUAA